AUGGUUACACAAUUUGAUGAGCAGAAGAAGGAGCUAGUUCGGCAGACUGGAUUUGGUGGCAUACUAGAGUUGAAGUUAACCAAAGUUAACAGGCAAUUUGGAGCAUGGCUGCUUAGCAAAGUUGAUCCACAACGAUGUGCCAUUAUCCCAGCAAGAAACAAGGUGAUACCCUUCUCCAGCAAGGAUGUUAACUUAUUUUUCAGUGUACCAUCAUCAGGGAAAGCUAUAGAAGCUUGUUCGCAAGAAGAAGUAGAAGUUAGGAAAGUAUAUUUUUGUGGGUUAUUUGAGAUCUCAAAUUUUAAGACACUCAAUGUAUCCUUCCUCAAAGAAAUUCUGACAAAGCAGUACUCACAUCAAUUGACCUGUGAUGAGCAAAGGGCUUUCAAGGCUGCCUUUGUUUUCUAUGUUAUGACGAAGUUGUUGGCUCCACAAUCACUGGCCAAUUUCAUCUCUCCUCGAUAUAUUAGAGCUGUUGCCGUCAUUGACAAUGUUAGGGAGUAUAAUUGGUCCCAAUUUGUGGUGGACGAUCUAAAGAAAUCAGCUGACAACAUGCCCAAAAGAUUUCCAAGAUCUUCACAAGGAUCCAUAACUGGUUGUAUUGUGUUCCUACAGGCAUUAUAUUUAUCCAAUCUUGAUUUUGGUUGUGAAUACCUCACCCACGACGCGUCUCCUUCCAUAGCCGCUUUCAAUGACAUGCACGUAAACAUGAUGAUAUCGGCUGACCUGGUGACAAGAACAAACCCAGGCUACCCUUUUCCAAAAUAUGGCAAGCUAAAGCUGAGGGACACACCAAGCUUUGUAAGGCCGGAUGAUCGAAGUGUCGGAACACAAUCAGUCAUUUUGGGCUCCUCCUCGACACAAUUAGGAAGCACAGGCUCACCAUCCAUGGACUUUGUAUACGAAUACCUAAUGAGUCGUUUUAAAUCAAAGAAGCUAUCUGCAGUUGUGGGUCACGAGCUGACCCCACCUUUCAUGUCUAUAUACCAGGCUGUUACAAGCAUCAACAACAUGGUGGAUGUGGCAAACAAUAAGUUCUAUUCAAUUAUAGACGAACAUGCUAAUUCCCCUGCUGGUCCACUGUCCGAAGGAAGAAAAAACAUAUCCAGCAUAGGGCCCCAGAGUACUGGAAGUAGCGAGGGAUCAGGUUACCCAAGAAGGCAAAGUGAUGGUUCAAAUGAGGAUACCACACCACUUGUGCACCGUCCUGUUAGAGCUGCCAGUUCUGACCUAGGUCCAUCACAAGAAUUAGAGACUCCUAAUAAUUCCGUCACUCAUCUAGGCCCUCAAUCUGACUUCUAUUCCCAACAUGGUAAGUAA